CAUGUGCUACUAGCUUUUGUUUUGAAUCCUACACUGACGUCAAUGUUCAAAGUACGCUGUUGUGCAAGGAUUUUGUAUCGUUCAUCUCGCUGAGCUUGAUCUCAGUAUCUGUUAGACUGAAAAUGAAGUUACAGGCUUUAAUUUUUCUUCUAUCAAUCUUGAGCGUCAGCAACUGUUUUCUAUUCAAGCGCAGAGAACGGCCUUUGGCAAUAGAUGGCGGCUGGUCGAAUUGGCAAAGUUGGAGUUCAUGUUACCGGAAUUCUGUAAACAAAUCUAGCUUCUUUCCAACCUUUAAUGGAUUUUCUGUAAGCUCACGUGAAAGAAAAUGUGAUUCUCCAACCCCUGUCCAAGGUGGUAAGCCAUGUCAAGGAAGUUCCACCAGAUAUAGACAAUGUGGUUGCAAGAACCCCCUUGGAAUGGAAACUGGAAAAAUCGCAAAUUAUCAACUUUCAUCGAGUUCUGAUAUUUAUCUCAAAUACGAUCCCACGAAAGGAAGAUUAGGGAAUUCGGCUGCUUGGUGUUCUGCUGAUCCAGUUUCGUCGUUUUUAAAUAUUUAUUUUAAAAUUGAUUUUGUUAAUUUCACAAAAGUGACAGCAAUUGCCACAGAUGGAAUAUCGAUUGGCAGGGUCAGUCGUUUCAAGAUUUUUCACAGCCUGAACGAGAAGGAAUGGUUACUGUACAGGGACAAGUAUCGACACAAUUCAGAGUUUAUCGGAAAUGUUUUCCCAGGGAAAGUGAAGAUGAAUGAACUUGAGAAGCCUAUUGUCACAAGAUACUUGAAAAUCCUGCCCCUGCAUAGUUAUGGAAAAACGUGUAUGAGAAUCGAAGUAUACGGUUGCAUUUUCACUUGUGGGACAGAGAUGUCCAAAUCAUCGGGUGAAAUCAUUGGUAGAGGCGAGGAAACACACGAUCAAAAUUGCCUAUGGAAAAUUAAUGUUAAGAAUACUACGACAUUAAGUCUUGAUUUCCUCACAUUUUAUAUUCCAUGUGAUACAGGUUUUAUUGAGAUAAGGGAUGGCUCAAAGGAUUAUCGAGAAGCUAAAGUAUUGAAAAGAGAGUGUGGGGAAGAAAUUUCCAAUGAUUUGUUUAAAGCACAAACAAACAACUUGUGGUUGCAUUUUUAUUCGAAUUCAUCUUCAGAUGAAGUUGGUUUUAGAUUGCGUUAUAUUUCAGAGUGUUUAAAGAAUAUAAGAGUUGUUGAAGGUGAAAUUGCUUUAAUUACCAGCCCAAACUAUCCGCAAGAUUAUUUCGAUAACAAUGAUUGUAUAUGGAAUGUUUCAUCAAAUAAUAAUCUAUUGUAUCUUUGGUUCAAAACAUUUGAUAUUGAGGCGAGCAAAAUAGGCAGCAAAGAACGAUGUUCAAAUGACUUUGUUUCAAUCGAAGAACAGCAAGGAAAGCAUUUUGCAAAUAUGUUGAAAUACUGCAAUUCAGCCAAGCCCCCUACUGAUGGUGAACCAAUUAUAAUCAAAGCAAGUGGAGUCAGAUUGAGAUUUAAGAGUGACAACGUUAUUGUAAAGAAAGGAUUUUUAUUAGAGAUAACUUCAUAUGACAAAAGAAUUGGAAAGCCAACUACUCCCACUGUUACAAGCCAAAGGGCAACAAAAAAGAUAAUUAGCCAGAAGUUGAAUAUGACAGGCUCUGGUAUAAAGUUCUCAAGUACUUUUUCUCCUAAGAUGGUUAUAAGUCAAGACAUAUUGAACAUUAGCAAGAGCAAGGAAGAUGGAAAUUCCUCAAAUACAGUUGGUCAUAAAGUCAAGAAGAAGUCAAAGCAUGAAACUGACUGGACAAUUUUCACAGUUGCUGCAUUUUCUUGUUUUGUGUUUAUACUCGUUGUUUCGGUUACUGUGAUCAGCAUACGCAAAUGUACCUCAAGACAUACUGGACAAUCAGGGAAAUUCUUACCAUCAAUUUCAAAGAAGAUGGAAACAGAUGAAAGCUAUAAACCUGCAAGUGUUAUCAUUAGGAGCAAGAAGUCAUUUCCUGUGUCAGAGGAGGAUGGAAAGUUUUGUGAGCUGAAAAGUCCAGCUGGAAGUAUCAAGGCAGCAGGUUCAGACAAUGGAUCAGAGCUUGGAGAGCAUGAACCAUUGAAAGCAGACAUUUUGAACCAUACUCUGAAUAGAGAAAGAAGAAAAAGCAUCAUUGAUAUGUACACAGAUGGUAGCGAUGAUGCAGAAAGAACCCCAGAAACACCAGGUGACAUCGUUGAAUCAGGGACUAUAAUUGAUAGCCUAGAAACAGUUAUUUGAUAGAUUCUAACAAUGAUGUGAAAAAUAAUAUAAUUUUAGUGUAGAAUUUGUUUUUAUAUAUAUAUAAGUAAUUAUUUACCAAAUUAUGACGAUUGGCUAUGGCUCAAAAUAUAUAUAAACAUUGUUUCAUUAUUUUCCACUGCAUAAAUAUUGUAUGCAUGAUCCUCUCACACAAUGUUUAAUAAUUUGUAAGAAAAAGUUUGCUGCUUUUUAAAACAUUCAAACAGAAACAAAUCACAAACAUUACAUCUCCCAUCAAAUACUGCAAAAUUUAUGAUACCAAAUAGCUUUUUAGUUUAAGGUUUCUCCACUGUGCCACGUCACACUAGUGUGCCCAGUAGCAUAGCAUCAAGGAAUGCUAGUAAUACACUGCAUACCCUAGGUGUUUUGAUUUUUUAUUCAGUAUUAUUGAUUGAGCUGCAGAUCUUACUACUACCUUGCUUUGUAUAUAGUUGAAUCCCAUCAAGUUGCACCUGGUAUAACUUUCAGCGCUUAUUACACUCCUAAUGGUACUCCAAAGGUGUGGGCAAUUUGAGGAUUUACAAUAAACAAAUCAUUAAUCGUAACAAAAAUGAAGAAAAGAUCUAGUUUCCAACAAAUUGGACUUAGGUAAAAUGUCAAUAAAAAUCAUUGCCACCUCAAUUUCCCUCUCCAGGUUAUAACUUAGAAAUUGUGUACUAAACUUCAUAGUUGUUAGCCUCUGCUUCCCAAUAAAAGCCUAAGCACAUUUUCAUUUUAAUUUCUUUUAAUAGUGUUUUCUUCUGACUGUAUUUUCCUUUUGAAGCUAUGGCAUUCAGAAGCAGUAUUUUAAAAAGUGAGAAAGAGCAACGAAAAAAAAGAAAGUUUAUUCGCAGAUAACAGUCUUGUAUUUUGCCAAUAUAAAAUCUGUUAUCAAACAGACGUUCUUGUCAAUGAUUGUUAUUGAUUUUUACCCCAACAAGACUACUGUAAAAAUGUUUAUUGAUUCAUCGUCGUUGAUAUUAUUGUAUUAUUGCCAAUUUGAAA